AUGUUUCUCGCUUCAAGAACUACUCCAAUGACAAGUGGUAUUGCAGCUACAACUUUGCCUGAUCUAUCCUUACAGAUCAGCUCUCCAGCUGCUGAUUGUAUCAAGAGGCCAACCUGCAGCUCCACCACCACUGAUUCCAACAGCAGUGGCAGCGAUUUAAGUCAUGAAAACGGCUUAAAUGUCUUCAACCAUCAGUACUACCCACCAGUAGCAGCGGAUAUGGGAUGUUUGGUUACCAAUGGACUCCAGCUUGAUCAGCCUCGUCUGAGCUUGGGGCUCGAGAUGGCAUCUUUCAAUCCUCCUCCCCUACAUCAUCCCACGUUACCUUUGCAACUACAAAGAAAUAGUAUGCUUCUUCAACAUCAGUAUGGCAAUCAACAUUAUCAUCAACCUCAAAUCUACAGUCAGGAGUUUAAGAGGAAUUCAAGGAUGGGUAGCCGUGUCAGAAGGAUCGUUAGGGCUCCUCGUAUGAGAUGGACUUCGACUCUACAUGCUCACUUCGUUCAUGCCGUUCAACUCCUUGGUGGCCAUGAAAGAGCAACUCCUAAAUCAGUGCUAGAGUUGAUGAAUGUGAAGGACCUAACUCUUGCUCAUGUGAAGAGUCAUCUGCAGAUGUAUAGAACAGUGAAGAGCACUGACAAAGGAGCAGCUGGACUGGCGGAUAUGGGUAUGAUAAAUCCAAGGAUUCCAAGGACAUUACUUCAAAUGGAGGGAGAUAUUUCACCGUUUGAUGAUAAAAUUGAUGAUACCAACAACUCCAGUCUGAACCAAUCUCAUAAUUCUAUCCACCCAUCACGACCAACUACACUACAAACAUCUCAGAGAGGGUUGUGGUCAUUGUCAAUGGAUACAUAUGAUUCAAGUUUCUCGACCGAAGAAUAUACGCCAAAUUGUUCUACACUUGGAGCAAUUGAUAUUACGGUUAACGAACGUGAGGCAUCCUUACACUUGUCAGAGAAGGAUAGGAAGUUGGAAAAUAAUAGUAGCAACAAGUCAUCAAAUUCAAGUAGGUUGCUGAAUCUUGAGUUCACCCUCGGAAGGCCAGGUCGCCAAAUGGACGAACGGAUCCUCGAAUGAGAGUGAACUCAUUACCACUAAUUAGUAACACAGUAUUGGAUAUCUAAGCGGUGAAGAAGUGUUUAAUGUUGCUUGUUCCUGUCAUUUGUGUUAGCUUUUUGACAAUUUUGUAUUAUGUUAGCGUGUAGAGGUGAAGAUGAGGAGAUGAAAGUAGGCUAGCUUGGAAACGAAA